CGAAAUUCGGCCGCCUACCCCAGAAGCUUUGCUGUCGACUAUCGAAAGCCACGGCUGGCUGACACGCAGGAAACUUUUCAUUGUUGGUCUUCAGUUGUGUUCAGUCUCUCCUUCUGCCAAGCUUGGUGCUGGGGAUUGUUGCGUUGCAUUGUUAGCUGAGGGUGAGGGCUGUAUGUACCCAUUCCAAAAUGGAAGAAUUCCCGUGUUUCUACCACUGAUGUCAGUCGGCACGUUAGUAGUCAACUUUCCUUGAGUAGGCCUCUGUUGACUGGUAGCAACUCGAACUCUGCCAAGGCUUCACUUUUCACUUUGGCAAUAGACACCAAAACACAGACCCAAAAGUGUUGAUCGCGACCAUGCAUUCAGCAAUCCUUCUCUCGGUCUUGCUGGUACCAGUCGUCCUUACCCACGGUGAGGCUGGUAACCCCCAUUACGGUCUUCCCAGAAUGAUGGGUGGGAGCAAGUUCAAGGCAGCUCUCCAAAACCGCGAAACAUUUGGAAAUGCCCAAGUUCGGGACUUCAAUGCGGAAGACGUCGAGUGGUGGUCUCCGUUUAUUUCAGAGACACAAACCAUCGGUCCACGUCAGAAUUGCGGACCUGGAGUAGGAAGUUGUGGUGCUGGACUCUGCUGCUCCUCAGAUGGCGUUUGUGGCACAGGGAUAAACUUCUGCGCAGGUCCAGAUUGUCAAUAUAACUAUGGCCCAGCUUGCGAUGCAAACACUGUUCCGCCCGGGGCCUCAACAUCCGGCAUUGCGAGGCCUCAGCUUGGGAGCGUUCCAUAUGGAACACGAAUCAAUGAUUGUACCAGACCAGGCGUUAUUGCUCUUACAUUUGAUGAUGGUCCCUACCUCUAUACAAAGGACCUUCUUGACCUGUUGGACAGAUACAAUGCCAAGGUAACCUUCUUCAUCACUGGCAAUAAUCUCGGAAAAGGGCGAAUCGAUGAUUGUUCGACGGGGUAUCCUGCUCUCAUUCAACGUAUGAUUGCUUCAGGCCAUCAAGUCGCCAGCCAUACAUGGACACACCAGGAUUUUGUUGGCCUCAGCCAGACCGACUUCAAUAACCAGGUUUACUACAACGAAAUGGCCUUCCGAAACAUACUAGGCUAUUUUCCGACAUACCUUCGUCCGCCUUACGUUGACUGCGAUAGUCAGUGCUUUAGUCGCCUGGCGACCGUUGGCUACCACGUUAUUUACUAUGAUCUCGACACCUUCGACUACUUGAAUAAUGAUCCGACCUUGAUCCAGAACUCGAAGAAUAACUUCGCUAACUACAUCACGAAUUCUGCGCCCAACCCGGCAACAGGUAACAUGCUCCCUCUUAGCCACGACAUUCAUUACCAGACUGUCUACAACCUCACCGAAUUCAUGCUCCAGACCAUGGCUGCCCAAGGCUAUGGCACGUCUGUAACCGUAGGCACAUGUCUCGGAGACCCUCCUGCAAAUUGGUAUCGAUCUGCUGGCUCACCAACAGGGUGCAACAGCGGACCCGGCACAACAACCUCAUCGACCGCUCCCAGCACCACCUCUGCGGUGGUCAUCAGCUCUGACGGCACCUGCGGCACAGGCAAGACAUGUCUCGGCUCAACGUAUGGAAACUGCUGCUCUCGAUAUGGAUUUUGCGGCAGUACUGCUGAUUACUGUGGUCCCUUCUGUCAACCGGCCUUUGGAACAUGCUCGCCUAACCCUACCAGCACAUCAACAGCACUUAGAGUCAGCACAGAUGGCUCCUGCGGCAGCGGCAUUACAUGUCAGGGCUCUACCUUUGGAAAUUGUUGCUCUCAGUACGGAUUUUGUGGGAGCACAACUGCAUAUUGCGGCACCGGGUGUAACCCGAGUUUUGGGACCUGUUCGUAACAUUCCUCCCAUUAUUCCAAAUACCAGCCGAUUGGUCACCCUUUAUUAAGACAAUGUGUCAAUUAAUGUUUCCUUCCCGAUUAUUAGGGGCCUUAGUUG